GACAGUUUGACCUUCAAGUGCUCGCAACCUCCGUCAGUGAACGAUACCCCUGAAGCGUUGCCUUUUUAACUUGCCUUUUCCCCGUGCCGUCGUUUGAACGUAAGUGAUUCUUGAUGAUCUUACUGUCCUCCGACUAGUAUUAGUGUCAUUAAGUUUUCUACUUUGUAGGGUGUUUUUUGUCACAUCCCCUAAUUCAAUUGCUAAUCAACAGACACCUUUAGUAAGCGUUCGGUUUGUGGUAUCCUAAAUGGCCCAUACAACGCUGCCACAUUUAUCAAGCUGCUCUUGGCAUUAUUCUUUUUGAGAUGUAUUUUGUUGUGGAUGAAUCCAGGUAACCGAAAAUGGAAAUUAAGACGAACAUAUAGGAAAUAAAGUGACAGUUCUCUAAGUAAAAUAGAAGAAAAGUUGAAGGAAAAUGCGCCUUAAAUUCUCCUUUGUAGCCUGCUUUGGUGGACUAGUGAGACAUAAACAUUUCUGUCCCUGCGAAUUGUUGCUGAAUUUACAACUUAUUAUCUAUUUUUCUCGUACAUCUACUCUAAGUCUACUCACAAUUAUACACUUUCAGCCCAAAAUGUCUCCUACGUUUAUACCUGGCUAAAGACUUUUAUUUACAGGAAAAGAAAUCGUGGUCUGCCAACAGCUUAUGGAAAUCCGGUCGCUUGCCACAUUGUUGUUGCACGUUCAAUGUUUGAUUGUCAUCGACAAAGACCUAUAAAAAAAACCCAUGGUUGGCUAAACAUAUACCUACUGGUUACUGAACUUCCUGGCUUGGGAUUAAUUAACUAACCAAAAUAUUUGCUAUGAUCCACUUUCAUUUUUAAUAUUUUAACUGUCUCGUAGUGGUCGUCCGUUUUAAAUGUCACUUGAUAAAGAACUUUUACCGUAAAUUUGUUGGGUGAUGUAACUAUUUUAUUCUCCAACCUUUCAAAGCAACUUUAAAAGCGAAAUUUAAUCUCCAUACGCCUGCAAACCGCAUCACUAUGGAGCGUCUUACAUUAUUUCAUCUACGACGGGCCGACAGAACUAACGGACCUGAAACUAGAACUAUUAUAGAUCAAAUGGAAACAGAAAGCCUUGUUAGUAAAGCGUACUACGAGAAACUUUGUCAAUGGAAAGAUGAUGCACUUCGGUUGUUCAAAAUAAACCACAUAAAUUAUCUCAACAAGCGACUUUUCAAUCUGCCUAUGAGUUUUGAACAUUUAGAUGCAAGCCAACCGUGGUUGGCGUAUUGGAUUGUACAUGCUUUAAGACUGCUGAACUUUGUAAUCCCUGAAGAGACCUCGGUAAAAUUGAUAUCGUUUUUAGCAUCCUCUCAGCAUCCGGACGGUGGUUUUGGUGGCGGGCCUUACCAAUUUGCACAUCUUGCAACUUCAUAUGGUGCAGUUAAUUGUUUGGCUUCUUUAUGUCGUCGAGAUGCCCUAGAUAUUAUCAAUCGGGAUACACUGGCUGACUGGAUGCGGAAACUUCAUCAGCCAAACGGCUCAUUUUUAAUGCAUUUGGGAGGUGAAGCUGAUGUUCGAGGUGCCUACUGUGCCACAGCAGUUGCAAAACUUACUGGGUUGCUUAAAAAAUAUCCUGAUUUGUUUGAAUCGACUGCAGAGUGGGUGGCUAGUUGUCAGACGUAUGAAGGUGGUUUCGGCGGUCAACCUGGAUUGGAGGCUCAUGGUGGUUAUGCCUUCUGUGCGGUAGCAACGUUGUGCCUUUUGGGAAGGUCAGAUUUAAUUAAUUUACCUAAACUAUUGUAUUGGGUUAGCCAUCGUCAAAUGGCGACAGAAGGUGGUUUUCAGGGUAGAACAAAUAAGUUAGUGGACAGUUGCUACUCUUUUUGGCAAGGUGCUAUUUUCCCAAUUGUCGAAGAACUGUUAUGGCUGUCUGGCGACCCUGCGCUUAACGACAUUGAUACGUUGUUUAACCCUUCUGCCUUGCAAGAAUAUAUACUGCUCUGCUGCCAAAAGGUUUCUUACACUCGUCCAGGUCUGAGUGUGCAUGCAGAUGAUUCUUCUGGUGAAAAAUUGUCUUCAAAUAAAAAUUUCACGUCUGAAUACGAUGUAUCUACUUCUGAUGGUGGAUUAAUUGAUAAACCUGGAAAAAACCCUGAUGCGUAUCACACGUGUUACUCUUUAAGCGGAUUGAGCGUAGCACAACAUUCUCCUCGUUGCCGUGUUGAAUCACACCAAAAAUAUGAUCUUCCUCAUCCAUCACCUGCUGUCGAUGUAUUAGGUGAAGAAUUAGGUAAUGAACUGGUCGACUUAGACCCUAUCCAUAAUAUCAUGCAUGAUGGUUUAGCAUUUACUGUCACGUACUUUUCUGAGCUGGAUAAUGGUCAUUCACCAAAAGAUGCAGAGGAAUUAGCGUUGGCGGCAGCAGAAAAGUACUCUGUACCCGCAUUAUCAGUAUUCCAAAGACAGGAAAGUCCUACGGAGUUCCAUACUUAUGAUACCAGUGAUAAUGAAAUCACUGUUCCUCAGCAUUCUCAAUCAAUGAACACUUGUACAACGCCGUAGAUAUUUUAUAAGAUUGUGACGUGUGGGUGAGAAUGAUUGGUUGUAGAUAGUCUGACAGGCGUUAGAUAAGUUAUAUAUUUUCUUAUCGUUAUUAUUAUUAUCGAUUGUUGCUGGAUUGUGUCGGCUUGUUGUCGGUUUUUGGUGUAAAUAUAUUUACGUUUCAGUCAGACU